ACAAAGUUAACAUUUCUUUUUGUUUUACUACGGAACCAGAUCUGUCAAAAUUAAUUAAUCAGAUCAAGAUACUGGGUGCAUCACUAAGAGCGUAUUGAUGCCGUGUGUGAAGAUAUACUUGUGCUCAAACCCACAAGACUCUGUCCAGGAGAGGAGAGCGCUGAGAGAGACUGUGUUCCCUAAGCUCAGGGACCACUGCAGGCGAAACCAUGGGGUGGAGUUCAGGGUUAUUGACCCAUAUGAGGCCCCCAACUCAAAGGACUGGCCUAGCCAGCAGGUCCGACUCCGGCUUAUACAGGGGUGCAAAGACACUUCAGUGGGACCAUUCUUCGUGGGUCUGAUUGGGGAGGAGUAUGGCACUGCAUCCUUACCUGAGCAGGUGGAGAUCUCAGAGUUCCAGAACAUUCUUCAGACGUGUCAGUCCAUGCAGCUAAGCACUCGGUUACUGGAGGAAUGCUACCGGAGAGAUGAGAAUGUCAUACCACCCUGCUUCUGUCUGCUUAGUCAGCACAGCAGCCAGACAGAGGCAAUUACAGGAACCAAAACAUGGGAUGAGGCUCUGAAGGAAGUAAAGGAUGUGCUUCAGGCGUCUGUAAAGCAGUGUAUACUUGACGGAAGCAUCACAGAAGAAAAAGCCCAGAAAUACUUUAGAUCAGACCUUGAGAAUGACCUCCGCUUUGCCAUGGAGGACUGUUUAUCUGAUGAUAUGAAAAGGUGCUUGUAUUACAUUCAUAAGAUCAUCCAUCAGAAAAAGACAGGACACGAUCAAGACCAAGAUCCUUCAAAUGAUCGACUGAGUGUUAUCCGUGAGCAUUUCCUACCCGACUUAGUUACUUCCUGUCAUCUAGAGGUGUACACUACCACCACAGAGUGUGAUCGGCAACAGGGUUACACAGUGGCCUUGAGACAGGCUUACAUUGAAGGGCUUUGUCAUCAGUUGUUCACAGACCUUUCAAGGCUCAUUGACUCAACUGUCACAAAGAACACAGCAGAUCCUGAUGAUGCCACCUCCCAGCAGGCCAACCUGUGUCACAUCUAUUCUCAGCUGUUCAGGAUUGAACGUGUGGAGGCACAGCCAAUCAAAGCUUACCUUGAGCAGAACUACCCAAAACAUCCUCUUGUACUCAUUGGGGGGCCAUGCUCUGGCAAAACUGUCUUAAUGGCCCAUUGUGCAAGUCAGGUGAAACUGUGGCUGAAGGCCGGUGAUCCUGUGGUCAUCACACACUUUUCUCCCCUCCCACUGAAGCAGCUUCUCAAUAACAUCUGCCACCAUAUCGCUGUUAGUUAUAAUCAACCAUGGGACAACUGCAUACGAGAUGUUACUCAACUGGAAGAGGCCUUUACUGAACUCUUAGACAUAGCAUCGUCUUCCAAGUAUCCCUUAAUCCUGAUGUUAGAUGGCCUUGACCAGAUACCAAGUUCUGAAGGACCCCAACACAUGACCUGGCUCCCUAAAACUUUACCUCUUAAUGUCAAAGUCAUAAUUUCUACCACCUACACUAAAUCUGGUACCCUUGCCAGUCUCAAGACACAAUAUCCAGACUCUAACUUCUUUCUAGAGCUGGAACCAUUUAAGAGAAGCAGCUGUAGCCAGAUGCUGACCAGCCUUCUGGAGAGCUCCAAAAGGAGGAUCACCUCAGGACAACAGAUGUAUGUGAAUGAGGCUCUUAAACAGUGUAGUCGUCCUCUUUAUGCAGAGCUCAUCUACAGAAACGUCAGCCUAUGGAGAUCUGAGACAGAAAUCACUGAGGAGUCUCUAAGCCAAGGCAUUCAUAACAACAUCAAUCAAUUUCUUCAACACCUUGAGGAGAAACAUGGCCAAGCACUUGUUAGCAGAUCGUUGAGUUUUCUAACGCUGUCGAGGUUUGGCCUCACAGAGGCUGAACUGACAGAUAUCCUUUCCUGUGAAGAUGAUCUAGUUUCUGUGUUCCUCCCAAUUGAGGACCCACCGUAUAAGUUAAGGUUCCCUGAGGUUGUGGUGGAGAGGCUGAUCUUUGACCUUGAGGGCUUUCUGUUGGCUAGACAUAUCUCAGGUUCUCGUGUGCUGUUCUGGGUCAGUAGACAUUUCAGGUUAGUUAUCAUCAAGAGAUACAUUGACUCCAUAGACAAAAGUGAGGAAAUACACCUUCGACUAGCUGACUACUUUAGUGGGCGGUUUGCGUACGGAAGGGCCAAGCCACUAGUGAUCACUUCAGACACCAACAUGACUGACAAACAAGGCACUACAGAAGGAAAACCAAUGAAAAUGUACAUAGACAGGAACCCUUAUGGACAGCCUUGGGUGUGGAAAAUGUCCAAGCCUUCCAUUACAUUUCAAGACUCAUCCUCAGAGACAGGGAAUGUAAAUUUUAGAAAAGUCCUUGAGCUGCCCUAUCAUCUAAGAUGGAGUGGAGGGCUGGAUGAGUUUUGCAGAGGUUCAAUGCUCUCCUAUGAUUUCCACCAUGCAAUGUUGAUGGGAGGUUUAGUACAGGACUUGUUUCUCUGGCUGGAAGAGAUGUCUCAGUUUAUGAUGCCAAGAGAGCUAUGGCUUCUUGCCUGCAUCCUGAGAAGUUCUUUAUGUUUACUUCAGAACUCCCCUAUAGACACACCAUUAAUAAUACAAGCACAGCUCUUUCCUUUCCUAGGGGUCGUUCCUGAGCUGGAAGACUAUGCAAAGCAGUUGUGUGUGGGAUAUGUGAGGUCUGGGAUAACCAUGGUGCUGCCUCCUGCCUCCUCUGUUCCCUGUUCCUCUUGGGAACUGUCAGACAGAAUGAGGUCUUCUGUUACAGAUGUGGCUAUAGCCGACAGUGGAAGAGUGGUUCUCCUCCUUAGUGAUGGCUCUGCCUGGGCUUGGAAUGGGAUCACUUCCAAACAAUUCCAAGUGCCCCAUGUUCCCACAAUAAAAAUGGUCAGUCUCAGAAUUUCAAACACCUAUCUCCUGUUGUCUUCCAGCUGUAACAGGCUCUUUCUAUGUGAUUUGCGCACAAUGUUUUUUGAAGAAGUUCCUGUUCUGAAUACUGAGAUUCAUCAGAACACCCAUAUCUCUAUUGAGGGCUUUCUGGCAUCCACAACAAAGAUGUUUUGGUGGUACAGAGGAGAACAUCAUGUCUAUAUGCAUGCUACAGAUGAUGCAUCACCUAAUUGUGGGAUCACUCAAUUAUAUUGCCCUGGUUUUGUCACAUGCAUAUCAUGUUCUUUUGAUGAGCAGCAUGUGUUCUGUGGACAGGGCAAUGGAAAUGUAUCCAUUUUUGAUGUGCAGAGUGGUCAGACCGUUUCUGCCCUCUCUUGCUCUACAGAGAGACCACUGAUUGGCUUGAAAAGAGUUGAGGAAGAGGUGAUGGCAUGUAUUGACAGUGUGGGUAGCCUGUUUAUUUGGAAUAUUCAAAACAUUUCUCAUCCGAGCCUUAGUACAGAGAGCUUGAGCAAUAAAGACACUGAGGAGGUUUUGAAUAUAGAUUUCACAGAAGAUAAUGAGGUUCUUCUAAUUUGUAAGAAGCAGAAAAUCAUACUCUGGGACACAAAUAGCUGCUCUGUGGAUGAUCAAUUUCACGCUCCAAAAGGUAAAGCCUUUGUUCAUGUUAUGCUGGACCAUGGUUCCAGCUUGCUCUUAGCUUUAUUAGAAGGGUGUUCAUGUCUUCUGGUCUGGGAUUCAUGCACAGGGCAAUGUGUUUUGAGCCUUAACACUGGCUCCACAGAAACCCCAAAACUUUUCAAAGUGGGUGACCAGUACCUGUCAGCUGUUACGGUCAAUGGGAUCGUCACCUGGGAUAUGGAUCUUGUCAGAGAAGCAGCCUCAAUCCCCAAAACUGGGUCAAAAACAAUAAAGAUGGUGCUGGUGAAAAGUGAUAAUUUCUAUACAAGUGACGGCACAGAACUUUUAUGGAAGUGGAAUGCACAAAGUGGUGAAAAAGAGGGCUGCUUCCUGCAUCACGGUCCGGUUACAGCCUUUACCAUCUCACAGGAUGGGGAGCAUCUAGUGACGGUAGCCUCAGGUGACAUUUAUGUGUGGAGAAGUGGAGAUGGAGUUAAUUUGUACUGCAUCCCUGGCAGUGCAGCAUCGCAGGUACUCAUCACACCCACAGGAAACGUUGCUGUGUCGCUCUCAGACCAGGGGCUCUCCAGGGUGUGGAAGGUUGCAAAUGGGCAUGAAGUGUGCCGCUUUCACCUUAGGCUUGAAAAGCCUGUAAUCUCACCAGAGAGCACAUUCCUUCUGGGCCUACAGGAGGACAACCUCCUGGCUGUCAGCCUGUGGUUUGGCUAUGUCAGCAGAGAGUUUCCGCUGUCAGAUCAGUCACGUGUGCUUGCAUUCAAUUCCAUUCUAGAUCACCCAGACUAUGUGAUUGUUAUUACCUCAUCUGGGGCUGUCUAUUCAUGGAAGAUGUCGGACGACACGAUUUGCCAGAGAUUCCAAAUGCCAGAGCACCUCCUUGACCAGCCUGGAGUUUUUCAGGUCUGUGCAGAUGGCAGCUAUGCUAUCCUUACUAUUGGUCAAUCUGAUAUGAAUAUCUUGGAUGUGACUCAAGGUAGACUGUGCGCAGUUAAAGUUAAUGGACAAAUCCACCAUGUAUGCUUGGAUAUCAGUGGUAAAUAUGCUGCCUACAUCAGUGAAACUACCAUCAGUCACCUGAGUUGCUCUUGUAAACCCUGUGUUAGACUUGUUUUAACAGCUAUACGAGUCUCAAACGGAAUGAGAGUGGGUAGGUUCUACCUCUGCAGGUAUCCUUGUGCGAUGAGUAUUUCUGAUAAUUUGUCAGUGUAUGUCAUUUUUGAGGAUGGAUCCGUAGGCAUUUAUGCUAUCACUGACACUGAUGCAGAACAGAGUGCCACUGCUACCAAGACCCUCUUGCCUAUUGUAGGGCAAAGACACCAUCCAUGUACAGCACAAACAUGGCAACCUUUAGCAGUGGAGAAAUGGAAUAACACACUGAACAUGUCGGUUAGACUGGGUGCUGAAUCCUUCAGAUAAUGUAUAACGUUUUUAAAUCAUGGACAGCACAAAAGACAAAACUUUUUUUAAAUUGCCUCACAGAUGUUUUGGACCAGAUGCCCUUCUUUCCUUGAUUCAAAAACAUUUAGCCAUGGCCAAUCUUAUAUGGGCGGACUCUUUGUUGUAAGAUCUACAAACCAUUUUCCAAUUUGUAAAUAUUUGUAAAUUUAUAAUAGGCCUAAUCUAUUUGCCAUAAAUAAUAACUAGCCUAUACUGUUUAUCAACAGCCAUUUAGCCCACGUGAAAAUGUAAAAAAAAUAUUCUCUUGCUCAGUCACAUUGGAUAAAAGUGCUGAAUGAUUAAUGUAAUAAAUGUAAAAAAAAAACAGUAACCACUUGCUUGAGCAAACUUAAUGUUAACCAUAUCACUGCCUUCAACUAAUUGUAUUUGUUUGUUCCUUUUACCUUUUGAAAAUAAAUAAAAGCGAUUUACUUUGAA